AGGUUCAAACAGCAGAAACAAGAUGGCCGCCACUCUGCAAGUGGCACCAGCAUGUACAGGAUGCAACAGUGCUCAACUGGAUCGCAUCUCUCUCUGUGUUCAGAUGAUGAUUGGGUGAGAAGUCUGAGUCUGAGGAAGUGCUCCUUUAAGCAGUUAUUGAUCAGUUUUAAACAGAUCAAUAACUGUGAAAUGAAAUAGAUGUGUAGUUACUGGCAACUGAAAGUGGUCUCCAAAUGCCCGUCUGGCUGCAGGCUGCAGGGUUUGAUGUCACAAAUGGAAAGUGAUGUGGAGAAAAAGCUGCACAUGUUCUGUCAAAAGUCAAGUCUUUAUGAAAUCGCAAUGGAGAAGUCCAUGACGGAGAUGACGCACAUCUACAACUCCAACCGCAGAGUCAUGGUCAACAGAUACAUUUCAGAACUGAAGUUUGUGGAAAGUGACGACAAACUGGCCAAGAACCUCGGAGAGCUACGACAGCGAUCUCGAUUUCUGGCACAGAAGGUGAAGGAGUUGAGGAGCCAUGUGAGGAAACAGGUGGAGGAAAUGCAUCGAACAGAGGUGGACGUUGACAUGAAGCUGAGGACCUGCCGGGGAACCUGCAGGGCGGCGCUGCCGUUCAGCGCCGAUCACCACGUCUACCAGGCUCUUCAAACGGACCUUCGCCUCCUGGACAGAACCAAACCCGCCACGCCUCCCCAGAACAUUCCCAGAGUCACGCUGCGGCCGGCGAACGUCGGCCCGCCGCCGUCUGCAGAAUACAAAAAGAUCCCGACGGUCCAGAAAGAGCUGCUGACGCAGUUUGAAGACGUUGAACAGAACCAAAUUGUUCUGGUGGAUCAGGCAGACGAGGUGAAACCGCUCAGAGCUGCAGGUUCUAACCCAACAGCUGAGGGUGAAUUAUUGUAAUAAUGCUUA